GCCAGUUUCCCUCCACCGCUUGUGGAUUAUUGUCUUCUAACUUUUACUCGAGUUGUAAAUAAGGUUUUUUAUCGAGUAACAACUGUAUUAAUGCAAGACAAGCUCUCACAGCACCCAGGGGAAAAAAAGCUACAAAACAAAGGAGUAAUCAAGCCAUAGGAAUCGUAAAAAGGAAUUAAGACUAUUGACUUCUGAAGGGAAAUAAUUUCAUAUUAAACGGUUCUGUUGUUUACUUGGUUGCUGUGCAACUUGGGUCUUUGUGCCUCACCUGUUACUCCGCGCAUCUACCACAGCCGCUGUAGCAAUAAGAUCGUCUCCACACCUUUACUACUUUGGAUAUAUAGAAGCUGACGAUGAUGGCAAAUAUAAUAACACGACUAUUAUUACUAUUAUAAGUCACUAAGUCCCUUCCCCUCUCUCGAAAGAACGAACUUCUAAUAAUAAUGUUUCGAACAUUUUAGCCUUUUCUUUUGCAUGUGUAUAAAAUAUUAGCUUUCUAAAAUUGCUAGAAAAUAAUUGAAUAGUAAUGUUUAAAGGGUUUCGAACAGAAAGGUGCCGAAAAUGGAGACAUUGGCACUGUUUUCAUUGGAAGUUGUUAUAGAAAAAUUGUAUGUGCCGGGAGUGACAUGUCGGAUUCCUAGUAUUGUCUGUAAGUUGCUAGAUUUCCCCGUUCUUACAAUAAAUCUCAUUGACGCUAAGUCUGCUGACAAAAUGAGGAAGACUCUUACAGCGGACCCCUUGUGGCCGAUACCAAGCCAGUUUGAUUGUCUUAAGGACCUUGAAGACACAUUCGUUUUCAAACGUGGUAAGUCUUGUCUGUUUAAAAUGUCUCCGGAGAACCUUACACACCACUUAUGCAAUGUCCCUCUGUAUUUGUUAGUGUUAGAUAGUUUCCCAGAUACUCCUAAAUUGUUGGGUAGUGUAUCCCUUCCUUUGGAUACGGCAGUGAAACGAGUUUGUUCAGAAUUUGAUGAGGAUAGGUUUAAUGUCCCCAAAGUGUUUGCAAAUAAAGGACUGUUGCGAAUUUACAGUCUAAUGGGGAAAGAAAUUGGUUAUAUGACUGUUGGGUACCGCCUUUUGUGUUUGGGAUCAACCCUUUUGACCCACAUUACAGAGAAGGAACCCAAGGAUACAGCAGAUACUGUCUAUAGUUCUACAAAUGAGAACGAUCGUGAGAAUAAAGUGGAUGCAAAGAAAUCAGUAGAAAUUCAGACAGAGAAUCGAGACCCAGGCCAGCAAUAUUCUUCCUCAACAGUUGAUAGUGAUAAACCAGUGAGUGGCCGAGAAGCAACUAUCCAAGACGAAGAGGUGCAGUCUAAUAUAACAGCAGAGAAGGAAGUCAGUAUAUAUUUAUGUGAACCUUCAGAAAAAGAGAAUUUAACACAGAAUAACAUAGAAAAUAAUGAAAAUUCAAAUAAAACACAAAAGAACAUAGAAAAUACUGAAGACUCAGAGAAGAUUUUAGAACGUAUUAAGGAAAGUGCAAAUGAAAACACAUUCUUUGAGCAUUAUCACCCACCACCUAUGUUUUAUCAUAAUGAUGGAAAACCAUCAUUCCAUAUUCCUGUGCCAUCACAUGAAGAACUAAAUCAGCUUUACAUGAACAGAGCUGAUGGAGAGUCAGAUAUUUUCAAUGAAGACAUACAAAGUGACUUUCAGGAACACCAACCUACAAACUCUGGCAGUUCUUUGCCUUUGCCCUUUGUGCAAAAUAAUACAAGUGAUGAAUACACUUUUGAAAGUAAGUUUCCUUUAUUAACUGGUAUUCUUAAAGAACUUAGCUCUGUAGAUAUUCCUUCAUUAACCAGUCAAAUUUGUUGUAGCAUCAAAGAACAGGUUCCUUGCAAGAAUUACUUGUCAGAAGGGACUCAAACUAGCAAGAAAGAUACUCUGGCUGAGAAGAUGAAGAAAGCAAUGUUAAAACAAGGGAGUAGUGCCACAUGCAGAGACUGGAUCCGGACGACGCCUCGGAUUACAAGUACAAAAUCUUUAUUGCAAUAUGGAUUAACAAGAACCUAUACUUUGAGGCUAGAAAAAAUUCGCUCCCAAAAAGAGGAGUCUGCCAAGAAGGAAGCUAGUAGAAUUGGUCAGAAAGCAAGAUUUGUUAAUGUCAUGAAGAAUGUGAGUGACACAAGAGCUGUAGUGGAAGAAAAACAAUUAGUCGAUACAUCUAGGACACCAGAGGCAGAAGUGGAAACACCAGAUGAAAAAUCUUUUAAAACACAUGAAACUGUUACAAUAAAAGAAGAUAAAAUUAUAAUUGAAGAAGAACAAGUUGUACAUUUGGGAAAAGAUCAGGAGAGUUUGAAGGAAGAAUCCAUUAUCACUUCAUUAAGUAUAGACGAGAAAAAAUCUGUUAAAAUCUCUCAGGCUUCGGUUUCAACUGCUGGCAGCAUCAAUAAAAAUGAUGAGGAACGUAGUUCCAACGUUGCUGAUAAUGUCAGUGAAAAUCAUGAAGAACCUGAUUCUGGCAGUGCUGAAGAAAUUCCAAAUAUUCAAAAUGAAGUUGAGGCUAGCAAACAUUCUCAAAUAGAAGACUAUAAAUUGCAAAUGAGAGAGGUAACAGACACUGAUGUUAACUCAGUGAGCCAUGAUUCAAUAUAUAAAUCUGAUAGAGAAGAAACAUCAACUAUUGAUACCAUUUCCUCAGAGGCAGAUAUAACAGACGAAGAAUUUGUUCCCCAAAAAAUAACUGAGUCUUUUUCAAAGUUAGAAAAAAUGAAAAGUUCAACAGAGGAUCAUGAUAAUAUGAGUGUGGAUAGUAAAAUAUCUCAAAUUUUGUUUCCAACUGAUAGGAGUUCUAAAAGAGUUUUACCAAUGUUGAAUAGAGAAUCAAUUAAUACAGAGUCUGUGAGUUCUUAUAAACCGAGUGAUGAGAAUAUCUGGUGGCAUACAAGUGGAGACCAGGAGGUGGAGUAUUCCGAUGACUUUUCUUCUACUUCAUCAACCAAAUCAAAGGCUAGUACUGAACAGCCAAAGAACAUACUGAGGUCUGAGAACAAACUGGGAUAUACCAUUUGGUGAUCAUAAAAUUAAAAAAAGCUGUCACAGAACUUUAAAUAUUCAGCAUUUUAAUUGUAUUUGUUUAUUUUUAAAUAUUUGAUAAAACUUUCAACUCAUCACAAAAACAUUUCACAUUAUGAAAUACAUUAUUGCAGAUGUUGACAUUAAACUUUAAACCCAGCUCAGGGAUCUGCUAGAAUGGUUCAAAAUAUUUUAACCUUUUACAUAAGUCUGAAAUAUUGAAUUUUUAAGUUACAUUUGUUUAAAUUAUGCAAGAUUGCAUUUCCUAAAAAAAAAUUACUGUUCAUAUAUUUUCUUAAAUAAUUAUAUUUACACCAAUAAAUAUUUAUAACAUA